GUCCCUGCCAUGGUAACGGCAGCCGGGUGCCCGCCACAAAGAUGGCGGCACUGCCCCGCGGCGACGCCCGGAAGCACCGUCCCCUUCCCGUGACCAAGAUGGCGGCGGCGGCCCCGGCGGCGAGGGCCGGGCCCGGUGCCGGUGUCGUGGCGGCGAUGGCGGCGCGCGGCGCCGAGGCCGAGGCGCUGUUCGAGGCGCACACGGCGGCCGAGCUGCGGGCGGUGGAGCGGCGGCUGCGCGCCGGCAUCGAGCAGAAGCGGGAGGAGCUGCGGCAGAUGGUGGGCGAGCGGUACCGCGACCUCAUCGAGGCGGCCGACACCAUCGCCGAGAUGCGGCGGAGCGCCGAGAGCCUGCUGGGCGCCGUGCGGGGGCUGCAGCGCGGCGGCACGGCCCGGCCCGGCCCCGCCGGCACGGUUCGCCCUCCGGCUCACCAGAGUUUCUACGGGGCGGCGGCGCAGCUGAAGCUGCUGCUGGAGGUUCCCGAGCAGGUUUGGGGGGCGGUGGAAGGGGGUCGCUACCUGCCCGCGGCCCGGCUCCACCUGCUCGGGGCUCACCUGCGCCGCCAGCUGCAGCUCGACACCCCCCGAGCCCGCUCCAGCGCCGUCCUCGCCCGCUUCCCCAUCCUGCUGCGGCAGGUGGCGGCUGCCAGCCACCUCAGAUCCACCAUCCUGCAGGAGAGCAAGGCCCUGCUGCGCUGCCCCACGGGCUCGGACCAGGCGGUGGCAGAAGCCCUGUGUGCCAUCAUGCUGCUGGAGGACAGCUCCCCUCGGCAGGCCCUGGCUGACUUCCUGCUGGCCAGGAAAUUGGCCAUCCAGCAGCUGCUCAACCAGCCACACCACGGCGCAGGUAUCAAAGCCCAGGUGUGUUCCCUGAUGGAGCUGCUCACCACCACGCUGUACCAGGCCCACGCUCUGUUCUACACCGUGCCCGAGGGCAUGGCCCCGGAGCCAGCCCUGCCCUGUGGAUUGCUCUUCUCCACCCUGGAGAGCAGCACUGGCCAGAACCCUGCAGGGAGAGGAGGGGUGCUGGAGGAGGAUCUGAAGCUGAGCAGCUGGUUCAAGUACCUGCCUGAGUCCGUGGUGGAAUUCCAGCCAGCCCUGCGGACCCUGGCGCACCCCAUCAGCCAGGAGUACCUCAGGGAGACCCUGCAGCAGUGGAUCAGCAUGUGCAGCGAUGACAUCAGGACAGGGGUCAGAACCCUGCUGGUGUACGUGAAGAGCAUGAAGGGGCUGGCAGGGAUCCGUGAUGCCGUGUGGGAGCUGCUGUCCAGUGAGUCCAGCAGCCACAACUGGGAGGCCGUGUGCCAGCGCCUGCUGGGCAGGCCCGUGUCCUUCUGGGAGGAGCUGCUGCAGCAGCUCUUCCUGGACAGGCUGCAGACUCUGACCCAAGAAGGCUUCGACUCCAUUUCAAGCAGCUCCAAGCAGCUGCUGGCUGCAGCCUUGCAGGAGUUGGAAGUGAAAGGUGGCAGCGGUGCCCUGAGCAAGCAGAUCCAGCUGGAACAGAACGUGGCCCUGUUCCUGUGGUCGGAGAGCCCCGGGGACCUGCCCGGGGACGCGGCGUGGGUCAGCGUGGGGCAGCGCGGGCCCUUCGCCAGGAGCGGGCUGGCCAUGAAGGCACAGGCGCUCACUCCCUGCAUGCAGAGCUUCUGCUCCACGCUGGACUCCAAGCUGAAGGCCAGGCUGGAGGAUGUCCUAUCCUACCUCCCCGGGGACGACUCUGUCCCCAAGGAGCCCGCGGUGCCACCGCGCUCCGCCUUCGACCGCUUCGCCGACGCCGGCACCGUGCAGGGGCUGCUCCGCGACCGCUGCGCCGCCUGCGUCCAGCACCUCCUGGGCUGCGUCCAGGAGCAGCUCCAGAGUGCCCAGAGCCAGCUGGAGCCCCCUGGGGACACCGGGCUCAACGCCGUGCUCUUCAUGGCCAGGCUGUGCCAGGCCCUGCCCGAGCUGUGCCCUCACCUGCAGCGCUGCGUGCUGGGCCGGGCGGGCGGCGCGGAGUCGGCGCCCAAGGAGCCGCGCUCUGCCAAGAAGCUGGGCAAGGGCAAAGCCCAGGAAGUGUCCCCCGAGCUGGCCAAGUGGCAGGGGGUGAAGGCAGAGCUCCUGCAGCAGAGCCUGGUGGCUUAUCAGCUGUGGAGCUCGGCUGUCACCAAAGGUCUGGUUCAGUGCUUCACCCACACGUUGCUGCUCGACACAGCUGGCUCCAUCCUGGCCACGGCCACCAACUGGGACGAGAUUGAAAUCCAGGAGGAGACCGAGUCUGGGAGCAGUGUGACGUCCAAGAUCCGGCUGCCUGUGCAGCCCUCGUGGCACGUGCAGUGCCUGCUGUUCAGCCUGUGCCAGGAGGUGAACAGGGUUGGUGGGCACACCCUGCCCAAGGUCACGCUGCAGGAGCUGCUGAGGAGCUGCAUGGCAGAGGUCCUCGCUGCCUAUGGGAAGCUGGUGGAGCAGAAGCAGGAGAAGAGGCCAGACAGCUUCCCCCUGACCCAGAGCAGGGCUCUGCAGUUACUCUACGACCUGAGGUACCUCAGCAGCAUCCUGACAGCCAAGAGUGAGGACACAAAACCCAGCAGGAUCAAGCAGGACUCCGGGAUUGAGAAGGUCAUCGACUUCCUGGAGGGACACAUCGAUCCCUUCGACCUGGAUGUCUUCACCCCACACCUGAACAGCAACCUGAACCGCCUGGUGCAGAGAACCUCGGUUCUCUUUGGCCUGCUGACUGGGACAGAGAACCAGUACACCAGCAGGGGUGGCGCUCUGAGCUCGCAGGAGCUCCACAACAUCCUGCCCUUAGCAUCCAGCCAGAUCAGGUUUGGACUCCUGCCACUGAGCAUGUCAAGCUCACGGAAGAGCAAGUCGGCUGCCAGGAGCACAGAAAGAGUCCAGUGAAAGGAAUCAUUAUGGCAGCACAGCAGGGGAUGGGGUGGUUUUCUCCAGGAGCCUCCCUUUGCCCCUGUGGUUUUGGGGCCACUGCUCUGUGGCAGUAAAGGCUUACAUGGUGAGGGCAGUGCAUCAAAGAGAGCUCAUCUAAGAGGGCUGCAAGAAAGACUGAAGGACAGCAGCUAAUGCUUGAACUCCUUUGCAGUGGGAUGCUGCCCUGUAACCCCGAGGAGGCCUGGCCAGGUACCCCAGCUGUGUGAGGAGUGUCCUGCUGCUCCCCUGGUGCUGAGCUGUAGCAGCCAAUCUUUCUGUUGCUCCAUUUCCCCCAGUUUAAAAUAUCUGCUUAGAUGGAGCUCUGUGUGCUGGGUGAGAGCCAAGGAACACCUCACUGCUGUGGGAAGCAGCAAUGAAUGUUUCCUUCACUUAUUACCAGCCCAAUCUAUCCCUGGUGGUCUUGGCAAUUGGGACAAGUCGUUGAGUUGACAAGAGCCAAGACAAAGAGGUUUUACCAGUGUCAUUUGAGAUGAUGUUCCAUUUGCAACUCUCCUUCUCCAUUUCUUGGAGCCCUUAAGGACAAGACCCAGCAGAAGGGGUGUUUAAAAGCCCAAAACUUCCCAGCAAAGGUAUUCCUUAUCUCUCACAGCUCAGCUGGACUAGAGCAUAGAAGUGUGCAGUGAUGUCUGGCUCGUUCUGUCACUCCCCUCAGCUGCUGUGCUGUGCUCAGCACACCCGUGUCCUGUGCUAGCCACACUUGCCAGGAUCCCUGACAGAUGCUUGCUCCUUCGUCAAUGCUAAAACUCUUCUGGAGAGGUUAAAAUCUGCAGUUCUCCAAGAACAGCUCCUGCAAGGGCACCGGCUGUGCUUCUACCACACUGUGAGCCCUUGCUCUGAGAGCAGCAGCCCCUGCCCUGCUGCUCACAGUGUUUUGCUGAGUGUUCAUUGGGGUUUUAUAAGCAUUGGGUGACAUCUGCCAAGUGCCUGUUGCUACAGCAGCGAGGUGUGUGUCUGUCACUCCCCCAGCAGUGACACCGCUCCGGGGUGCGUGCCCUGUGCUGCUGAGGGGACACCCCGGGGGUGCUGUGAGAGUCAGAGUCACUUUUGUCUUCCCAAAGGGCCAGGCUGCAGCUGCGGUGCUGCCCAGGGAGGAGGAGGCACGGCCGGGCUCGCUGUUCCGGCAGCUCCUCACCGACGACGAGGACGCGGCCGCCCCGUCCCUCUUCAAGCUGGGCUGGCUCUCAGGCAUGACAAAGUGAGGCAGCAACCAAUAAAGCUGCUCUGGAUGUUUGUCUUCACUGA